AUGGAGGAGUAUGCGAGAGAACCUUGGUAAUAUUUUAAGCUUAUAUCUUAGAUGGUAAAAUGCACUGUAAUUUUCUACAGUGCGAAUAUUUAUAAACUGUAAUAUCCAUCUUCUUUUAAAAUACAUUCCUUUUGCUAAUCGCAGGGUGUAUUGCUAUGAUACUUGUGGUUUUUGCAAGCUAUAGUGAAAAAACUUUCCUUUCGAAUUUUUGCAGCCCUUACAGAAUUGUCGAUGACUGCGGCGGUGCUUUCGCGAUGGGAGCGAUCGGUGGAGGAAUCUUUUCCUUCAUGAAAGGAUGGAGAAAUUCGCCAAAAGUAAGACUACUGUUAGUUUAUUUCUGGCGUGAAUUUCAAAACAGUUUUCAUCAGUGUGUAAUAUAAGCUUAUGUAAUUAAGCUCACUGCACACGGUGGUUGAAAGCGAAUUUGAAAUAUUAUUGUUAUUAGCGUAAUAAUGAAUAUCAAGACAUCACAUCUUCAUUUCCAUCGCCAAUUGAGGUUAAGAUAUAUUCUGGCUAAUAAACUGUUCCCCUCAAAAAUAUUAUAAUACAAACUGGGGGAAUGGAUGUGGGUAUCCUGUGCAUUGAUGGAUUUUCAUUCCCUUAUAAAUCACAAAAACAUCUUCAUCCCUUGUUCCUCUUAAUGUCCUGACAAGGCAGACCAAAGUGGCUGUACAUUCUGUAGGCCAUUUGCUUAUUUAUGCUCUAUUUAUUAAUUAAUAUUAUUAAUCACUGAAAAUAUUUCUUCAUUCCUAAUUGGCUUAAGUCCCACACUAUUUCUUAUUAGUAAAAUCCAACUAGUGGUCUAUUAUCAAUGCUGCAUUCUGAUUGGUUGAGCUACUACUAGGCUAUAUGUUAUAGCCCACUAGUAGCGAAAAGCGCCGGCUUUGAAACCCAAAACAGUGGCGGCUGAAUUGUGUUUUGCUAGCUAAAGUUGUUUUGUCUUGAUAUUUUUGGCCAACUACCGGUAGUUGGAUUUUGCUGAAACAAUUAUUCCUCUCACCCUCAUGGCCUCUGAGUCAAUAGCCCAUUCGGGCUCGAGGAAUAAUUGUUAAAUAACCAGCUAGCGUUGACCAAAUUCGGACACUAAGAAGUGUGCAAUAUCCAGAAAAUGACAUUAAUAGUACAGAAUCAUAACAAGCAAAAGAGACUGCAACCAAGGAGCCCUGGAAACGAUGAUGCACUGUUUUGGUAGAGCAAACAAAAUGGUGGACCUUGUCUUGGAGUGUGUCAUCCUUCUCCGCCUUUGGCCUCAGUGGAUAAAUCCCUCCUUGAUCUCCAUAAUUCUUCAUAUCAUACUUAGCCUUAUCCAGUAAUUAUUAAUUUUUGCUUAGAGCAUCAACUGCAAGAGCUGGCAGGUUUCUGAUCAAUCAUACCUUUGUCUGUAGGGUUCCAGACUAUUUGGCAGUAUAGCGGCAGUUAAGACAAGAGCUCCUGUCCUUGGAGGUUAGUCAACAUGUCCAUGCAUUUAAUUCAAAGCAGAUGGACUAUAAAAAAUAAUUGUCACUCCUGCAAGUAUAUAAAUAUAGUAACUAUUCAUUUAAGAAGCCUAAAUCAUGGGCAAUUGUCCUAUAAUUAACCAUCUAACAUUAAAAAAAACAUUCUAACUCUAAGUGCUUGUUGUUUAUUACAGGUAACUUUGCUGUAUGGGGAGGGCUAUUUUCUACGUUUGACUGCUGUUUGAUGGGAAUAAGAGGAAAAGAAGAUCCUUGGAACUCAAUAGGAAGUGGUGCAAUCACAGGAGCUGUACUGGCUGCAAGAGGUAAUAACCAUAACUUAACAGAGUUAGAGGGUUCUAGAAAUGCAUGUCUUGCUCAGGAGCAAGAUCAUACAAAACACCGGUAGGAAAUGUAUAGGCUCGAUUUCCACCGUCUCCCGGGUCCAGUCUUGGAUGAGUGCGGGCUCAUUUUCCCAAACAGCGGCUGGUAAUCAAGCCUAGGAAAUAUAGUCAAAAUAGCCAACAAAGAGGGAAAAAAAGCUUCUUUGUUUAAAUCUAAGUGACAUAAGGAGCAUGCAACCCUACUCUCCAUGCCCUGGUUGGUUUCCCUAAUACUAUCCAAUUCACUAGAUAGUUAUUUAUCUGGCUCCAGUUGUUUAAAAAUGAUCCGCCUUCUAGGAUCUUCCUGGUGCUAGGAUCUUCCUCCCUCAUCCAUGUAUUUAAAACAGCCCCUGAGAAAUUACCUGCAUAUCUUGUUGACUGAUUGUUUAUAGGGGGACCUUCAGCGGCUGUCAGGUCAGCAGCAGUUGGAGCUAUCUUGCUGGCAUUAAUUGAAGGAAUUGGUAUCUGUAUCACAAGAAUGACUGCAGAACAGUUUAAACCAGGUUCGUCUUCAUCUUUUGUUAGUGUUGUCAGAGCUUUCAUUGAAGGAACUGCAGUGUCCCAGAAUUUUAUUAACAUUAUAACUGUGGGAUCUGCCACCAAGACUGAGUGAAACAUGAAACAACUGCUCAAAAUAUGAAAAGAAGGUAUAUUUAACAGAGCAAGUGCAAAAGGGGGCAAAGAUGGAUAAAAGUGAAGAAGAUUGAAAUGGAUUGCAUUUAUUGUGGUUGUGGAAGACUUGUUAGCGUAACAGUCUUUCAAAGUUCAUUUUGGUCGUUUAUAGCAUUUGACAUAAUGCCCGGGAAACAUUUGUUUGACACGAAUCCUUGAUUUUGUCAAUUCCUGGCUUCAGUUGAUUGAAAGUUGGAUUGUCCUACCCACCGAAUAAAUCACUAUUUAGUGCACAAGUGUUAAGGAAACCAAUUACGUUAUCCAGUGGAUAGAUUUAUCCAUCUUUUGAACAACUUAGGCCAACACUACAAGACAAUGUUUAACAAACCAUAGUUUCUGCAGUUGACACCAAGAAACAUUUUAAAAUUAGGACACAAUCAUUUUGGCUCCUUUACCUUCCCUCAACCCUCAUUAUUUAAAGAUUACUGGUAAUUAAGAAAUGUGAAAAAAUUCUUGAAUUGAGGGAUGGCUUUUUCAUUUAGGAGUAAAAUGUCUUGAGUGUGUUUUUGGUUUUUCUUUCAGUGAUGCCACAACCACCCGACCCCUCCCAGCUACCACCCAAACCGUUCAACCCAACGCCACAACCAACACAAGGAUCGGAAUUUGACUAUCAGCCACAGUUUCAAUAA